AUGCACCCACCUGCCUCACAACUGCUGAGCCAUCUACCCAAAAAGCAGCCCCAACAAGGGAGAAAAAAAACAAAAGUCCCAACUGCAAGGCAGGCCUCAAAAUGGCGACGGACCAAGCGGCGCACCCUACAUCAGCACAAGAAGCCAAACAUCUACGAGAAACACCGCCAGGGGCAUAAAGCACGACUGGAGAGCAUGGCCAUACAAGGGGUCCAGAGGAUCGCAACACCUCACUCCACUCCAGCUACAGAUACUGCAUGGAAGCCAGACUCUUCUAACAAUGUCUGGACACGGAGACCCACAAGGCCCUGCCAUGCUCCAAAACUGCGGGGUACCCCUGACAGGCAUCGGCUGAGCGGGGAGCCGGAGCACAUACCCCAGACAUGGACGCAUUACAGAGACUCACAAGCAGAAGACACCGGGUAG